AUGUUGACAUUUCUAUCAAUUAGUUCGACAUUGUUUGCAGUUAACCUAAUUGAAUGCAAUAAAGUUGAUGUAAAAUUUGUAUCAUAUUUUUAUGUGCAAACUGGCAUCGAUUUGCUUAACAUUAAGCAACAGACUGGCAUACAGGCCCUGACAGUGGCCUUUGCAUUGGCACAGGUAGGCGGCUCGUGUACCCCCAGCUUUAAUACGGUUCCAGUUGAUAGUCCAGUGCUUGUCCAACAAUUCAACAAUUUUCGUAACUCAAACGGUCAGAUCAUACUGUCAACUGGCGGAGCUAUCGGUACCUAUUUGGACAACGUUUGCAGUAAUUCAGACAAUUUGGCCGAUGCCUACAUCAAGGCUAUUCAGGCUACCGGUGCUGUUGGUCUGGAUCUCGAUAUCGAACAGGACAUACCCUACGAUAUGGUGAUGCAAGCGGUAAAAAUGGUUCAACAACAGCUAAUUGGUCUUACCGUCAGCAUCACUGUUGCCUCUAAUGAAAAUGGCCUGGGAGCCCGAGCCAAACUGGUCAUACAAGCAGCACAGCGUUCAGGUACUACAAUCGAUCUGGUCAAUACGAUGGCCAUGGAUUUCCCGAAAUCGCCGCUGACUCCGACCUAUGGCCAAGCAGUUGUCAAUUGUGCCGAAUCAGUCAAACAUCAACUUCAACAAUAUUGGCCACAGAAAUCUUCCGGUCAAUUGUAUGGCAUGUUAGGCGUUACACCAAUGAUCGGUGUCAACGAUUGCUGCGACGGUGCACUGUUCACACUCAACGAUAGCCAACUACUGCUACAAUAUGCCCGCACUAAUCGUAUAGGUCGCCUAAGCUUAUGGAGCCUGAAUCGCGACAAACAGUGUCCGGGCGGUAGUCGACAAUUGUCGCCUACCUGUUCCGGUAUCCAACAAUCAAACUAUGAAUUUGCCAAAAUUUUAGGACAGUUUAAAUAAAUACAAAUAUAGCAAUCAAUUGGCUUUUAACUGUUCAGGUAUUCAAUAGUUCG